AUGAUUUUUGGACUCCAAACUCACGGCUUGCCAGUUACUGGAUCAAAUGACCACAGCAAAAGUGGGUUAGAGAAUGAGUGCAUGACCCAAUUUAGUAGUGCUCCUGGCCCGAACAACCACAAAGGAAGCAGAACCAAGCUAGCAUGGUUCCGUACCCUAAAACGGCGCCAACAUUUGACUGACUCAGCUAGUAGGAAAAUUUAUGUAAAAUGUCAAAUAAUGUAUCUAUUUGGAACGACGUUAUUUAGUGAUAAGUCUGGAAUCACUGUGCACUGGAAGUAUUUGCCGUUGCUUCGUGAAUUUUCUCAUAUUCAUAAGUUUAGUUGCAGUUUAGCUUGCCUUGCACAAAUGUAUCGAUUCUUAUCUUGGGCAUUUAAGUAUGAUUGCAAGGACAUGGAUGGUCCUCUGCCAUUGUUCCUUGUAUGGUCAUGGAUGCGAAUGCCGUCAAUAGGACCACGAUGGAUACAAGCUUUCCACUCGCUUGCAACUAUCGAGCAGUAUAAAAAUUGGACAACUGCGGACGUCAGGAAAAGGUUGGACGAUCUUUCUCCAGACGGGUCUGUGCGGGACGCAUACAGUCCCAACCGGAUUGUGCCGCAUGUUAUUCCAUUUGAGAUCAACGAUGGUGCAGAUCUCUGGAGUGCGACUGUGUCUUUAAUAUGCUUUGAGGUUGUGGAGCGGCAUCCCACUGAUAGGGUCAGAAGACAGUUUGGCUUUCAUCAAGACCCGCCAGUUGAACCUAUGAAACUCGUCGCGUCCCAUAACAUAGUGCUGACGGGUCCAAAAAAUAAAAACUGGACGUGGAACACGAAGAAUGGAUCUUACAAUGGUUAA